CAAAACAAGGCAUGGAGUUUGCUGCUGUGGUGGGAGAAGCACUGCUCUCUGCUUCUGUGAAGACCUUACUAGAUAGGAUCACCUCAAGCGAGCUUCGAGACUUACAUGAAGAAUAGAAAGCUGAAUGUCUCUCUCUUGGAUGAGUUGAAGAUAACUUUAAUCAUGUGACGACUUUUUCAAAUAGUUAUCUCUCUUCCUCCUUAUAGUAUUCCCAGAAUAUCCCAGUAGAGUAGUCAAAGUCAAUUAAGUUUCCAAUCAACUGUUCUCACAGUCAAUGUAAACCAUCUUUAAAUCCAUUGCAACUUAUCAAACUCUUCUCACUCUCAAAAUAUCUCACACCUCAUUACCUGAGUUCUUGUCCAAGAUAAAGCAUGGACGCAGCAGUACUAGGAGCCUUUCUCUCUCCGACCUUCCAGACCAUACUAGACAUUAUCACCUCAAGUAAAUUUCGAGAUUUUGUUGAGGAUAGAAACCUGAAUGUUUCACUCUUGGAUGAGCUGAAGAUAACUCUCAUUAUCCUUGAUGCUAUUCUCAAUGAUGCUGAAGAGAAGCAAAUCACUAGCCCUGCUGUCAAGAAAUGGCUUGAAGAGUUGAAAGAUGCCGCUUAUGAUGCAGAGGAUUUAUUAGAUGAAAUCAACACUGACUCUCUCAGAUGGCAGGUGGAACAAGAUUCUGAUGAAGGCGUUGCUGAUAAGGUGCAUUCUUUCCUUUCUUAUACUUUUGGUGAUUGCUACUGGGACAUGAACAUGAAGCUUGAAGCAAUUUACCGAAGGCUUAAACACUUCGCUGAACAAAAGGAUUUCCCUCAUUUGCAAAGUGUUAGCCGGAGGGCUCAUAAAACAACUGCUACUUCAUUAAUAAAUGAAUCUGUUGUAGUUGGUAGAGAGGAUGAUAAGGAGAAACUGUUGAAAAUGCUUGUGCGUGAUGAAAAUGCAGAGGGUAAUGAUAUAGGAGUGAUCACUAUCUGGGGCAUGGGUGGGGUAGGUAAAACUACCCUUGCUCAACUCCUUUACAAUGAUGAGGAAGUGCAGAAGCAUUUUGAUUUGAAGGCUUGGGCAUGUGUUUCAGAAGAUUUCAAUGCCUUUGAGGUGACCAAGAAUAUUCUAGAAUCUGUCACUUCAAAAGCCUAUAAUAGUAAAAAUCUAGAUUUCCUUCGAGUUGAACUGAAAAAUAGCUUGAAGGAUAACAAGUUUUUGAUUGUAUUUGAUGAUAUAUGGAAUGAGAAAUAUAGUGAUUGGGAUGAUCUAGUUUCUCCUUUUCGCAAUGGAAAAGGGGGAAGUAAAAUCAUUGUCACAACUCGCCAACAAAGAGUUGUUGAAAUCACACAUACAUUUCCUCCGUAUAAAUUGUCAACUCUCUCAAAUGAAAAUUGUUGGUUUUUAAUUGCCAAGCAUGCCCUUAAAAUUGAGGAUCAUAAGAAGCAUCCAAAGCUAGAAGCAAUUGGAAGGAAAAUUGCAAGGAAAUGUUGUGGUCUACCAAUUGCUGCUAGAUCAAUUGGAGGUCUCUUGCGUUCAAAAGCGGAUGAAAAGGAAUGGUGUAAAAUUCUAAAUAGUAAUGUGUGGGACAUACCAAGUGACGAUGUUUUACCUUCUUUAUAUUUGAGUUAUGUUUAUCUUCCGCCACAUUUAAAGAAAUGUUUUGCUUUUUGCUCAAUUUUUCCAAAAGAUCACUUAUUGGAUAGGAAGCAAUUGGUCUUGUUAUGGAUGGCUGAAGGUUUUGUACAACAAUACUCCCAAGGGAAGAUAUUGGAGAUAGAAUCAGAUAACUGCUUUAAUGAAUUACUAUCUAGAUCCUUCAUUCAACAGCAUGAAGGUGAUCCAGAAAAGUUCAUCAUGCAUGAUCUCAUCAUUGAUUUAGCCAGAGUUGUGUCUGGUAACAGUUGUCUUUGGUUAGAAGGAGACAAAAUUCCAAAAAAUGUUCGCCAUUUAUCGUAUCCUAGACAAGGAUAUGAUGGUUUUAAAAUGUUUGAGGUCUUUUAUCACCAAAAUUCUUUGAGGACUUUUCUACCCCAAAAAACUUGGGCAUUUAUAAAUUCAUUUGUCUUGAGCAAAAAGGUCUCACAUGAUUUGUUGCCAAAACUAAAGUGUCUGAGAGUAUUGUCUUUGUCUAUGUAUUCCAACAUCACUGAGCUACCUGAUUCAAUUGGCAAUUUGCAACAUUUGCGAUAUCUUGAUCUUUCCCACACCAAAAUCACAAGGUUGCCUGAUGCGACCUUCACACUUUGCAAUUUGCAAACUUUGCUCUUAUCAUAUUGCAAGUCUUUCAAUGAAUUGCCCAGGAGCAUAGAAAAGCUGAUCAAUCUACGUCACUUGGACAUUAGUGGCACUGCAUUGAAGGAGAUGCCGGCACAAAUCACCAAACUACAAAAUCUUCAUAGUAUGAGUACUUUUGUGGUGGGAAAACAAUCAGAUGGAUUGAGAAUUAGGGAGUCAAAAAAGCUACCUCAUCUUGAAGAGCAGAAGCUCCGCGAGAGAGAGAGAGAGAGUUUCAUCGUUCCUUUUCUCUCUGUGUUCGUUGGCCGGUGACUGUGGGUGCGUCUCUCGCCUUGGUCGCUGGAGAUCGAAAAAAAAAGAAGAAGAAAGAGAGAGAUCUGAGAUUGGACGAAUCUUGCUUAGCCUUUCGUGGUCACUGCUUUCUUCCCUUCCACCGUAGCUGGACCUGCGUUCGCGUAGCUCAUCGUCGCUGGUGUGCUCGUGGCUGGUCCUUCCAUUUCGGUUACGAGCUCAGCGUUCCACCAUGUUAAGUCGUUGAAAUGGGUACUGCUGGUUUAGGCUGAGGCGACACUGACUCUGGUUUUCUUUUCUUCUGAACGGUGCUGCGUCUCCCUCUGUUUCUUGCAUCAGCUGGAGAGUUCCGUUUUUCUCCCCUGUUUUGCUGUAGAUUCUAUCUUCUUUGCUGCCUCUGCCAUUACUGGUGUUUAAGGUAAGAAAUUUAAGGACUUUUCUUGCUGAAUUUAUGUGGGAGGGAGAGUUCUGUUUGAGGACUAAAAUUAUAAAAAAAAUUUGGUGGGUGUUCUGUUGUUGCCUUGACCGAAAAAUGUGUAUAUAUAUAUAUAUAUCUGGACUGAAAUCGAAAGAGACAAACUUGGAUAUAUGAUUGGUACCUAUAAGAUGUCAUUGAAGGGCUUAUAUGAGGAGAUAAAAAAAAAAUUUGACCUCUAAUUGUUGAUGGGAAUUAUUAGUUUAGAAAUUCUCUUGUAGCUUUGUAAAGGAAUUUAAUUAUGGGCUUGCACACAAUCAUGUGUAUAUUUAGAGUUUGUUU